AUGUGGUCCGUUCUGCAGUACAAUCGCAAAUGCAAUGAGAGGCAGAAUUCACCAGUGACUUCCCCAGGAUCUUCCCCUCUUGCACAAAGAAGAAAACCACUUCCAGACCCCCUGCAAAUCCCACAUCUUAGUCUUCCACCUGUACCUCCUCGUCUGGAUCUUAUUCAGAAGGGAGUAGCACGGUCACCAUGUGCCAGCCCAACUGGAUCACCAAAGUCUUCUCCUUGCAUGGUGAGGAAACAAGACAAACCUUUGCCAGCACCACCACCUCCCUUGCGUGAUCCUCCACCACCCCCACCAGAGAGACCCCCUCCAAUUCCACCAGACAACAGGAUAAGCAGACACCUGCACCAUCCGGACAGCGUGCCUUCCAGAGACCAGCCGAUGCCCCUUGAAGGCUGGUGUCCCAGAGAUGUGUUUGGGACAAGUCAGUUAGUAGGAUGUCGAAUAGGGAGUGAUUCUUCUCCCAAACCUGGACUGACUGCAAUUUCAAACAUAAAUGGAAGGCACAACCGCAUAAGUUCUGAUCCAGGAUUUAUGAGGAAACAUCGACGUCAUGAGCUGCCUGCAGAAGGUGCCAAGGUCUUUUCAAAUGGUCACCUGAUAAAUGAAGAAUAUGAUGUCCCUCCACGACUUUCACCCCCUCUUCCAGCUGCCUCCAUCAUCCCUAGUAUAAAAUGUCCUGUUCCUUCAGCAAAUUCUCUGUCUGAUAAAUCAAGGGAUCACACAGAUGAUGAUGAUGAAUACAAAGUUCCUUCUUCACAUCCUGUAGUACUGAGCUCACAACCACCUCAUAGUCAUAAUAUAAAACCUCUUGCUCGGGUGUGUGAGAAUGGGCAAUGUGCUGGAGUAACGAAUGGGACACACAGUGCUACUUCUGAGAUGAAGAAAACAAAACAUCCAGAGUUAGGAGAAGAUACGUUUGAUAGUUCACCCCCUUCACUGCCACCACCACCACCACCUGCUCGGCACAGCAUGAUUGAGCACACAAAACCUGCUGGCUCAGGAAGCAGACCUCCUUCAGGACAUGAAUUUUUCCUUCAUUCUGAUCCCCAUUUUGAUCCAGUAUCUGGUCAUGUUCCUUUGCCACCUGCUCGUAGAGUAACUGGAGAAAACGUCAAAACAAAUAGGACAUCUCAAGACUAUGAUCAACUUCCUCCCUCUUCAGAUGGUUCACAAGCACCAGCCAGGCCCCCUAAACCACUUCCUCGGAGGACUGCACCAGAAAUACACCACAGGAAAACAUACAGCUCUGACAGUUCCACGGAAAAUGUGGAUGCAAAAAUAGCAAAACUUAUGGGAGAGGGCUAUUCCUUUGAAGAAGUCAAGAGGGCACUUGAAAUUGCCCAGAAUAAUGUUGACGUGGCCCGUAGUAUUUUAAGAGAGUUUGUCUGUUUUCCUCCACCGGUCUCCCCACGUCUCAAUCUAUAGCAGCAUCAAGAUAUUCUUGGAGCAUGUGAAUUCUACGUACACAUGUGUGGAUUGGGGAAUGAGAGAACGAAGAGAAUGGAAUAUUUUUCUUUCAUCCUUAGUAGAAGGGUGUUUGUUUCCAGCCGUUUAUCAAAGGCUCAUGGCUGCUCUGAUCAAGACUUAUAAAUAUGCUGAGGCUUAUGUAUUUUUGCUAGCCAUACUUUUUUAAAUCAGGGUUGAACUGACAAAAUAAUUUAAAGAAGUUUACUUCCCUAGAACUUUUAAUCUGUGAAAUGCUUUUUCUUGUUUACAAGUUGGCAAGUUACAGUUUUCUAGUUGACGCCUGUACUAUGUUCCUCUUCAUAUUCCUUUGUACUUGUGGUCAGUUCUGCUGUAGCAUUCCCAACGGUUUCCAUGCUGACCACCCCAUCAACUAAAUCAUCACUUUCCAGAAGUUCUGUGUUUUUGUUUUUGUAUUUUUUUUUCUCUUACAAGAUGCUUUAAUUGGUUUUUUUUUGCAUUUCAGCUCAUCAAAUGCAAAAAGUAUGUGGCCUUCACUACUGAUUUUUUUUUUUCCUUCUGAGAAUCCUUUGCUUUUGAGAGAGGAAAUAUCUGAAUGUAAAAUGUAUUAUUCUGUCUAUGAACUGCCUUUUUAUAGGUAUUUUAACAGUAAUGUUGGGCAGCUUUCUGUUUAACAUGAAUUCCAUGACCUGUAGUCCUCAAGGUCUUUUAUACAGAAUUUCCACAAAAAAAAAUCCAGACCAACAAAUGAAACACUUCUUGCAGCAGUGAUACUGAGUUCUGACAUGUAAAAGCUCUUUCAAAUUUGAGUAUUUGAUUGCAAAUGCU